AGAAAAGAAGGAAAAUGAAAUGAAAAAGAAGUUCAAGAUUACAGGCCAGGAGGAGCCCAUGUAUGAGGCAAAGGUCACUGUGGACUGUAAGGGCAAAAACAACGAUCUGCCGGUCAAAAACGGAGACCUGGUGAGCAUCAUUCGUACCACCAACUGCCCUAAAGGGAAGUGGCUGGCCAGGGACAGCACCAACAAAUAUGGCUACAUCUCUGUGAAGAGCGUGGAACUGGACAUUAAGGAGAUGCUGGAGCUGGGUAAGAAGGUGAAGACACUGAGUCGCGCCAACGCCAACAGCCAGUUGGACGGAGAACCCCAAAACCUGGACAGCGGGAUGUCUAACCACUAUGAACUCAGUCAGAGCUAUUCAGAUGAUGACGAGUGGAAUGACGAUGAUGAGCAUGAGCCGCUCUCUCCCACUGAACUCAGUAACUCUAUGGACAAUGGACUGUACAGCACACUGUCCAUUCCUGAUACAGUGAGCGCAGAGACAGAGUCUCUAGAACAUAACCUAAGUGAUGCCAACACCAAGAACCCACAAAUGCAUGCUCGACACGAAGCACUUCAGAAACUGUCUACCUUUUUUAAGCAGCCUGCAUCUGAUGACACCACGCUAGACAACAACCCAAUUACGGAGAACAAGCCAAGCACUGAAGCCCGUUUGACCAGCAGCUUUACAGAGGAAGUUAACCCCGAAGUCCCUAACAUAGAGGUCUUGCCACCGCCAGACCUUUAUGCCGACGUCAUCACUGAGGAAUCUCUAUACACGUAUAGCAAUUAGCAUGCUGCGGAUGAGCAGCGAAAAUAACUCUACUGUGAAUCAUCAGUCAUGUAUCUCUAUACCUGCCUGAGCUGGGUAAACAUAUCAGUCAUGGCUGGGAUGCCUCGGAUGUCAUGUGAGCCAAACACUUGCACGCAUUAUAGACCCACGCUCAUGUCCUGGAGGGAGGGAGUGGAGUGGAUGGGUUCACUUUCCCCCCUGGAGAUUAUCUGAUUAGAGGUUUCGCUGCUAUAGUAGCCACUUUUCUUUUACGACAUGUGUGGAAAAGGCCUUAGGUGAUAUAUGGUGAAGUGAGUUGUCUGGGGACUGGGUCCGGAUAUAGCUGUCACAAGAAGAACCUGAAUCCUCAAUGCCCGGUGCAUAAU